AUGCACCUCGUCCACGCGGUUCUGCUACCUGGCAUCAUUGUCUUUGUAUCCAACGGGAUUUUGCUCCACGCCGGUGCGCUCCAUGAGGAUGAGAUGGGUGUCCUUGCUGGCCGCCAGCUCCGAUCUGCCACCGGCAGACUAGGCGUAUCUUUGUUUGCAGAGGAAUUCGCGAACGAAAUUGGAAUUAUCAACGGACGCGCGACCGUCAUCCCCGACGAGGAGUAUGGCAAUCACUUUCGAAAUCAGGAUCCGCUAGAUGUGUUAUUUGGAGAACUUUUGGGCGAUGAGAAGUCUUUUAAAAGAUUAUCUAAAAACGUGAUAUUUACACACGGAUGCUAG